GCCCAGUUUCAUCUAAUUAAUACAGGCCCAUUAAAACUCUAUCAAGCCCAGUUCCAAAACCAUCAACACUUAAAAUUUCCCAGUUCUCAAACUCGUAGAUAAAGCGCGUGAACAUCAGUCUCUAUCUUCUUUGUCAAUGUCAAAAUCGGCGAUCAUCCAAAGUUAUCAUCUUUCUCAUAAACCCAAUUUUUUUCCCAGUCUUCCUUAAUCCCAACAACUUCUUAACAAUUCAAGGUUUGAAUAACACAACUUUACUCUGUUUCUCUUUGCUUUCUGUGUUUUCAUUUUGAACAAAACAGCUUUAAUCUUCUUCUUCUUCAUUUUUCACCUAAAUCUUGCUUUGUUUAGUCAAUAUACGAUCUAAAGUCUGUAACUUUCAAUUCAAACCUGCAUUCUUAGUCACGGAUUCAUGGCUACUACACCCAUCUUUAAUGCUUCUUGCAGCUUUCCUUCGACUAGAGGAAUCGAUUGCAAAAGCUAUAUUGGUCUGAGAUCGAAUGUGAGUAAAGUGAGUGUUGCUUCUUCUCGCAUUGCAACUAGUCAACGUCGUAAUCUUGUCGUAAGAGCUAGUGAAUCCGGCAAUGGACAUGCUAAGAAGCUUGGAAUGAGUGAUGCUGAGUGUGAAGCUGCCGUUGCUGCUGGAAAUGUUCCUGAAGCUCCUCCGGUUCCACCUAAACCGGCUGCUCCGGUUGGGACACCGAUAAUUAAGCCUCUUAAUCUAAGCCGACGCCCACGUCGUAACCGCGCUUCCCCUGUUACUAGAGCUGCCUUUCAGGAAACUGAUAUCUCCCCUGCAAAUUUUGUAUAUCCACUUUUCAUUCAUGAAGGUGAGGAAGACACGCCUAUUGGAGCUAUGCCCGGUUGCUACAGACUUGGCUGGAGGCAUGGUCUUGUACAAGAGGUUGCAAAGGCUCGAGCUGUUGGGGUAAACAGUAUCGUUUUGUUCCCUAAAGUUCCUGAGGCUUUGAAGAAUUCAACAGGGGAUGAGGCAUACAAUGACAAUGGUUUGGUGCCUCGAACAAUUCGUCUUCUUAAAGACAAAUAUCCUGAUCUUAUUAUCUACACUGAUGUGGCUUUGGAUCCUUACUCAUCUGAUGGUCACGAUGGGAUAGUUAGAGAGGAUGGUGUAAUUAUGAAUGACGAAACAGUACACCAGCUCUGUAAACAAGCUGUUUCCCAGGCUCGAGCUGGUGCUGACGUAGUUAGUCCGAGUGACAUGAUGGAUGGGCGAGUAGGUGCAAUCCGCUCAGCUCUUGAUGCUGAAGGAUUUCAAAACGUCUCCAUCAUGUCAUACACAGCCAAGUAUGCAAGUUCGUUUUACGGUCCUUUCCGUGAAGCCCUGGACUCAAACCCGCGUUUCGGAGACAAGAAAACGUAUCAGAUGAACCCAGCAAACUACAGAGAGGCAUUGAUUGAGGCACGUGAAGACGAGGCUGAAGGAGCAGACAUUCUCCUGGUGAAGCCAGGUCUUCCAUAUUUGGACAUCAUACGGCUUUUGAGGGACAAGUCUCCAUUACCGAUUGCUGCAUACCAAGUUUCUGGAGAGUACUCGAUGAUCAAAGCAGGGGGAGUCCUGAAAAUGAUCGAUGAAGAGAAAGUGAUGAUGGAGUCACUGAUGUGUUUACGCAGAGCUGGAGCGGACAUCAUCCUCACGUACUUCGCUCUUCAAGCUGCUACUUGUUUGUGCGGCGAGAAGCGGUAGAAUAGACAACAAGACUGUGUUUUAAACUGUUUGAGUAUAUCUGUUUUAAAUCAUUUGAGACUAUUGUGAUUUUGCCUUGUUCUGAUCCCAUUCUUUUAGUGUCGUGCAUAUGUGAUCUUGUGUUUUGUAAUAUGGAUUAUGAUGAGUCCCUAGACUUCAAAAUUUGGAGGCCAUGAUCUGAGUUUCUGAAUGUGGUUCUUGUAGAUUCCAUUGAUAUUUUGCAGACCAAUUAUUUGGUUCUCUGUUUUUUUAACACACACAUGACACAUAACAACAUUCUUUAUGAAACAAAGAUUACUCAUUACUGUCUAUAAGAGAACAAACUGAUAA